AAUCACUCACAACACUCACAAACAACAACUACAGAGAAUAUCAACAACACUUCAUUUCCAUCUUUCUGAUAUCCAAUGGCUCGUACCAAACAAACCGCAAGGAAAUCCACCGGAGGAAAGGCUCCGAGAAAGCAACUGGCAACAAAAGCAGCAAGGAAGUCGGCACCAGCCACCGGAGGAGUGAAGAAGCCGCACAGGUUCAGGCCUGGAACCGUCGCGUUGAGAGAGAUCAGGAAGUACCAGAAGAGCACUGAGCUUUUGAUCAGGAAGCUUCCGUUCCAGAGGCUUGUGAGAGAAAUUGCUCAGGAUUUUAAGACAGAUCUGCGGUUCCAGAGCUCUGCUGUGGCUGCUCUUCAGGAGGCUGCUGAAGCGUACCUUGUUGGACUGUUUGAGGACACUAAUCUGUGUGCGAUUCAUGCUAAGAGAGUUACCAUUAUGCCCAAGGAUAUGCAGCUUGCAAGGAGGAUUCGUGGUGAGAGGGCUUAGGUUUUCGUUUGUAACCCUAGAAUGUAGAUCUGAAAUAUUGGUGUUUGUGUUUCUAUUUUGUUAUAUUGAAUGAAGGUUUUCAGUUUGUUGCUGAUA